AUGGAGACCUCUGCGAGAUGGAAGGGUAAAGCUCGUGCGACCGAGUUCGAUUUCCUGUAUUCGCGAGCGUACUUUGCUGAGAGCCGUAGCUCUAAUGCUAGAGAAGCAGAGGGCGACUACGGACGCCAGCGGCAUGGUGUGAGGGGCUAUGAUGAGGGUAUGGGAAGGAAACGACGGGCGAUGAGGACAGGGCGGUUUGGGAGAGAGGAUAUUGGGAUUGGUAUGAGCAAGAGAGAUGGUGUGAAUGCCGAAGGCAGUGGGGGCUCUGGGGGCAUUGUCCUCCCGCUGGAUAUGGUUGGAAGUGGUGUGACGGAUGUAGCAUAUACGUUGCCAGUUAAAUUUGGCAGCACCGACAAUGGUCGCCCGCAGCAACAGUUCUCGUUACAGGUAGACACCGGCUCGUCUGACAUGUGGAUUGCAUCGACGUCAUGUUCGACCUCCUCAUGCAAACUCACCGACGGCCGAUUGUACGACCCCUUGCAGACUCAGGCGCGCGCGACAGGUGUGGAUUUCAGUAUACCCUAUUUAUCUGGCUCGGCGAGCGGACCAGUAUACUGGGACAGUGUGACGAUUGGAGGAUAUACGAUUGAUAACCAGGCACUAGCCGCCGCCUCCGACGUCGACUCUGAACCCCUUUCCUCAAAAUUCAGCGGCAUACUUGGCCUCGCGCUCCCGCUCAACUCGAUCAUCGCAGCGUCCAUCCCGCCAGUCACAUCCAACGCACCCGACGGCGCCGCAUGGGCGUCGAAUCUCUUUUCCAUCACACCCACAUCCUCCGCGCCCUCCGCGCGCUUCCUCUCUCUCGCACUGGAACGGCCAGGCUCAGACCGUGUGCCCAGCGUGCUGGGCAUCGGGCGACACCCUCAGGCGCUCGUCCCGGACCCGAGCAAGGUGCAGUAUGCGCAGCUCGUGGCGGAGGCGAGCGGGACGCUCUUUUGGAAGGUCGGGGUUAGAGCGAUCACGGUGUAUGUUGAUGGGCAGAGGAAGGAGGUGGAUGUGGGCCGUGGAGGUGCUGGUGGUGCGUUUCCGAGCGCGGUGGUGGAUAGCGGUGUGCCGCUGAUUUUGGCGACGAGUGCGAUUGCGAAUGCGGUGUAUGGCGCUUUGGGUGUUGAGCCUGCCAGUGAUGGAAAGUAUUAUAUCCCGUGCACUACUCCGCUCAACUUGACAUUCACGCUCGAUACUCGCUCUGAAUUGCCCAUACACCCCCUGGACCUCACUACUCUCGCCGACCCCUCCUCCGCCUCGACCUACUCCCCAUCGACAUCAACGUGCGUCGGCCUCAUCCAAUCAGCAGACGCCUUUCUUGGCCCUGGAUCGACUAGUGGUAUCGGGGAUAUGAUUCUCGGUGUCCCCUUUCUGCGGAAUGUGUACACCGUCAUGGCAUACGUUGCACCAGGCAAAGACGGCUCCUUCCCCGUAGGCAGUGGAAGCAGCAACACCGGCGGAGACGUCAAACCGCGCCUUGGCCUGCUCGGGCUGACAGACCCGACAAUUGCGCUGGAGGAAUUCCACACGGUCCGCGUGCUCAAUCAGCCUUUAUCGUCCUCCCCCUCGUCGUCGUCGCCGUCUUCGGGGGGUGGGAGCGGGAGCGGCACGGGCUCGGAUCAUAAUACGAAGACGGUGUCGUCGCCGAAGAAGCUCAGCACGGGUGCGAUUGUGGGUCUGGCGUUCCUUGCGUUCUUCGUGUUGUGUGUUGGGGCUGUUGGGGUGAGGUAUUUGCUUAAUAUGCGCACGCGCGCGGCGCGGAGAAAGGAGCGCGAGCGCGAGCUUGCGGAGCUGGGGAUGCCGGGGUCGCUAGGUGGUAUGGAUAAAAGUGGGUAUGGCGGGUAUGGAAUGAGUAUGGACCAGCGCGCGGCGUAUGAUAUUGUCAGAGGAAGAGGCCGUGGGUUUGAUGGCACGGGUGUUGGUGAUGUGACGAUGGUAGCUGGACGUGGGGUUGGAGAGGACGGGGUGUUGCUGAGAGAGAGGGAGAGCGAGCGUACGCUGCUUGGGAAAGACGCAAGUGAGAAAGGCAAAGGCGAGGAAGGCGGUGAAUUUGGUGUGAGGGGUGGUAAAGACUUUGUCGACAUCGACGAUGUGCAUGGUGAACCAGACGAUACCCUCGUCGCGCGCGGCGAUGUCCAUUCCAAACCCACGAACCACGACGACGACGACGAUUUUUAUGCCUCGCCGAGCCCUCCUGCGUCGCCUGAUAUCCCGACUUUCCGGACACCUUCAGCCGCUGCCGUAGGUAUGCCGCUACUCUCCCACCAACAUCAGCAUCAAUACACAGACUCGGACUCAACCCCGAUCUCCUUCCCAACAAAUACCACGCACCGGCCCCUAGACAGCGUUGACAUCCCACUGCUUUCACAUCGCACACAGGACUCGCAGGACUCUGAGAGCUCUGGAGAUGGAGGAAGCGGUGUGGACAAGGAUGGCGACGCGCAGAGUCGAAAGAGCGGGCGGAGGGGAAGAGCUAUGAAUUAUAGUAUGCCCCGGCCGAUGGUCGAGCGGGAUGUGCGUGCGGAUGCGGGUGGGGAUGCGGUGCGCGGUUUUGGUGUGGAGUGA